UUAUCUUUUGAAAAAACAGGUUAUUUUAAAUUGAAACAAAAAAAAUGUAAAUAAGUGAUUAAUAUUACUGUGAUCAAGUUAAGAAAUUAAUAAUUAAGUAGGUACGUGGCAACUAUAUGGCGAGGCACAGCUUUUAAAUUUUUAAACCACCGAUAUAGAUUACAAAUUGUGUUCCGUAAAUAAACUUACUAUUAAAUAAUAAAAUUUUACGUUCAACAACAUGUAUGCAGAAUUAGAAUGUUCAAUACAAGAAUAUAGUUGGGGAAAAGUUGGUGCAAAUAGUUUUGUAGCCAAAUUAGCCCAGAGUGCAGACCAAAACUUUAUUAUAAACGAAAAUAAAACAUACGCUGAAUUAUGGAUGGGUACACAUCCAAAUGGAUGUUCUAAAUUAAAAACAACAAAUGAAAAUUUAAAAGAAUGGAUUGAAGCAAAUCCAAAUUGUUUAGGAGAUGCAAUUAUUCAAAAGUUUAGUAUACAAUUACCAUUUUUAUUCAAAAUUUUAAGUGUUAAUCAAGCACUUUCAAUACAAGCCCAUCCUGACAAAAAAUUAGCUGAAGAAUUGUUUGCUAAAAGUCCCAAUCUAUAUAAAGAUCCUAAUCAUAAACCAGAAUUAGCGAUUGCUUUAACACAAUUUGAAGGUUUAUGUGGUUUUCGACCGAUAUCGCAAAUUAAAGAAUUUAUUAAGGAAAUACCAGAAUUAAAAAAUGUCAUUGGGGAAGAAUUAGCUGAAAAGUUACUUCAAAGCACUGAUGAAAAUUACACUAACAUUCUAAGAGAAUGUUUCCAUGCAUUAAUGACGUGUCCUGAGAAAAAAGUUGAAUCUGAAUUAAAUUUUUUUUUAGAUAGGACUAAAUUAUUAACUGAUGUUUGUUCACGAUCAAAAAUAAAUGUUUCUACAUUACAUGAACUUGCUGAAAAAUAUCCAGGAGACGUUGGUUGUUUUGUUUUAUACUUUUUGAAUUAUGUUACGUUAAAUCCAGGAGAGGCUAUGUUUUUAGGCCCAAAUGUUCCACAUGCGUAUCUAAAAGGAGAUUGUGUUGAAUGUAUGGCAUGCUCUGAUAACGUUGUACGAGCUGGGUUAACACCAAAAUUUAAAGAUGUCGAGACAUUAUGUUCAAUGCUUGAAUAUGAUUCGAUGCCUCUUACAUCUAUCAAAAUGCAACCUAUUAUGGAAGAUGAAUGUACGAUAUUGUUCAAACCACCUGUACCUGAUUUUGCUGUCGCCGAAAUAAAAAUUCCAAAGUCUCACGGCACCUACACUUUACGUAAACGAUCUACAGCAAGUAUCAUUAUUAUAAUUUCUGGAACAGGAGAAGAUACAAUCGAUAAAAUAAAAUUAUAUCCUGGCAAAGUGUUAUUUUUGGGAGCCAACUCUGUAAUCCACAUUGCAAAUGAAACGGACUUAUUAAUUUAUCAAGCAUUAGCUAAUGUUUAAAUAAAAAAUAAACUUAAUAGUCAGUGCCUUUUUAAAUGAAUAUGCAAUACGUAAUUGAGCACCACACUUUAAAUUAGCAAUUUGU